AAUCGCUGGUCUUUUAUUGAUAAACUGGGAGGAGGGUUGUGAAUCAGUCGGUGUGAUGGCCGACCCCUGCGCUUACAUGACGCCCGUGAACAUGACGCCCUUUCCCAUCCUGCGCGCAGGCGGAAGUUUACUGUACUGGCUCAUCCGAUUCUCCAUGCUCAGAGUCUAAUCAAACAAUAAAAGACCAGUGAUAUCAGCAUCGGCCUCUAGCAUACCAUGACUGAACCGAGUCCGGCCCAGAAAAGCUCACAACCAGGUCAAGAGAUGGCGUCAGUGAAGCUGGAGGACUGCAGUCAAACACUGGAGCUCAAUGUGAUUGUCAAAAAAGAGGAAGAGGAGGAUGAGAGAAGAACCGAGGAAGAGAACGGGGAGUAGAACAGGAGAGGGAAUACGGUAACGUUGACUCGGAUAUGGAAGAAGAGGAGGACCAGGAAGGAGGAGGUGUGGCCAACCCAGGACUUGUUACUGUUAAAAGAGAAGAAGAGGAGGAGGGGGUCAGAGAGGAGGAGGAUGGAGAGGAGGAGAUUGGGGACAGAGAGGAGGAGGAGGAGGACGGAGAGGAGGAGGUUGGGGACAGAGAGGAGGAGGAUGGGGACAGGACCAACCCAGAAACAGGAGAGGGUGCCAGCUCAGACAAAGAGAGACCGUUCCUCUGCUCCCAGUGUGGUAAGCGGUUCACUGCACCAAGCAGCCUGAAGACUCACAUGCAGAGACACAGCGGAGAGAAACCCCACCAGUGCUCCUUCUGUGGGAAGCGCUUCCUACGAUCCACAGACCUGAAGAGACACCAGAUGAUCCACAAAGCAGUCACCUCGGACAGACCGUACCGCUGUUCGGAGUGCGGCAAGACGUUCACCUCGCCCACCAGCCUGAGGAUCCACCUGAAGAUCCACAGCGAAGACAAACCCCACCAGUGUUCCGUCUGCGGGAAGCGUUUCCUGUGGCUGUGUGUUCUGAAGAGACACCAGGUGGGGCACAAAGGUGAGAGAAACAUCUCUCUGCCGGGAAGACACGUCCUGUGUGGCUCGUUGGGCUCAGAACGUGACCUUCGCACAAAGCCCCAGGAUCGUGUUCGGAAUGACAGAACGGUGCAUCGUUGA